AUGAGUCACAGGGACUAUUACCUUCGUCUUAAAUCACUUCAGUCUGAUUUGGACCACCUCAAAAUGAUUGACGGGUACAUCCACGAGGAACAACAAGCUCUUCGUUUGGAAUUGUCUCGUGCACAAGAAGAAGUGAAAAGAGUCCAAAGUGUACCCCUUCACAUUGGGCAGUUUGUCGAGAUGGUCGACAAAGACACUGCGGUCGUCACGUUGUCCUCUGGAACAACACAGAACCUCAGUUGCGCACCACAAGCAAUCCAACGCACUUGUCGAUGUACUCCCACCAGAGGCCGAUUCUGCAAUUCGUAUAUGACAAAGGGAGAAAUGCCGAAUGUCACAUACGCGGACAUCGGAGGGUGCGACAUACAGAAACAAGAGAUCAGAGAAGCUGUUGAAUUGCCGUUGACACAGAGCGAGUUGUAUAAGCAAAUUGGUAUCGACCCGCCAAGAGGAUGUUUGUUGUACGGUCCGCCUGGUACUGGGAAGACCAUGUUAGCCAAAGCCGUCGCACACCACACGUCUGCGGCGUUCAUUCAAAUUGUUGGUUCUGAGUUUGCCCAACAGUAUUUGGGUGAGGGUCCAAGAAUGGUGAGAGACGUCUUUCGAUUGGCACGAGAGAAUGCGCCUUCUAUUGUUUUUAUCGAUGAAGUCGACUCUAUUGCGACGAAGAGACACGACGCACAAAACGGCGCUGAUCGGGAAGUCCAAAGAGUCUUAAUGGAAUUACUCACGCAAAUGGAUGGGUUCGACCAAACAACCAAUGUCAAAAUUAUAAUGGCCACAAACAGAGCCGAUUCAUUGGACCCCGCGUUACUGAGACCCGGGAGACUUGAUAGAAAGAUCGAAUUUCCACUUCCCGACCGAAGACAAAAGAGACUCAUCUUCCAAGUGUUGACGCAAAAAAUGAAUUUGUCGAAAGAAAUUGAUUUGGAGGAUUUCGCGAGUCGUCCCGACCGAAUUUCAGGAGCGGAAAUAGCGAGUAUUUGCCAAGAGGCUGGGAUGCACGCGGUUCGCAAGAACAGGUAUAUCAUCUUGCCGAUUGACUUUGACAAGGCGUAUAAGAAGGUUGUCAGAAAACAGACACAAGCGAUGGACUUCUAUAGAUGA